AUUGGGUUGGAGAGGCAUCUUUGACUCGAUUCUGAUAUCACUAGCCACACCGCAUCUAUGACUCUUCUCGUGAACUACCAGACUUGAACAAUGCUCGACAAUUUUGGUAUUCUGCGGUUAUCACUCACGGACAGGAAGUUAGGGGACUCCCCGAUAUAUGUGUUGGCAUGCGCGGGUGCUUUUCCAGGAGCACGUCUUCCGUCCACCUCAUGACACGAUGCUUGGCCGCGCUCGUUUCGAGGAAUCUGGCCAUCUGGGCAAGGCGCUCUUAUCUAUCAGCCUGGAUAACUUCCGUAGUGACGAUAAAGUUGUCUUCUAUGUUUACGCAUUGCAUUGACACCAAUCGGGUUCCCGUGGAGUGCCUGGAUCCUGAUGUCUCCCCUGUACACUCUCGCGGGGUCAUCACCAACCAUGUGCUGUUAAAACAACGUGCCCAGACUAGAUACAGAAACAUUGACGACCACCUGGAAGAACGACUAGAACUGAAUGGCGCUGUAAGAUGCAUUGCGACUUGAUUAUUGCGUGACCUGAGGGUCACUGUCAAAGCUACACAAGCUUGUCUACUCCAGCUUGUCUUUAAAGUUCCAACGGCGAAAAUGGUAUCAUCUUCAAUGGUUUUCCGACGACGAUACCAAGGAGGAACGGCGUCUCAUCCUUA